UCAAAGAUGGCGGAGGGGGCGGGGCGGAGCUGGCAGGCGGAAGCGGCCGGCGGACCACUAGCUUAGCACCAUGGCGGCCGCGACCGCCUCCCCGGCUCUGAAGUGGCUGGAUCUGCGCGACCCCAACGCGCUCUUCGAGACUCAUGGAGCGGAGGAAAUCCGCGGGCUGGAGCGCCAGGUCCGAGCGGAGAUCGAGCACAAGAAGGAGGAGCUGCGGCAGAUGGUGGGCGAGCGAUACCGCGACCUGAUCGAGGCGGCCGACACCAUCGGCCAGAUGCGCCGCUGCGCCGAGGGGCUGGUGGACGCCGUGCGGGCCACCGAUCAGUACUGCGCCCGCCUCCGCCAGGCCGGCUCCGCGGCGCCCCGGGUCCCGCGGGCCCCGCAGCCACAGCCAGCAUCUGAGAAGUUCUACAGCAUGGCUGCCCAGAUAAAGCUGCUGUUGGAGAUCCCCGAGAAGAUCUGGAGCUCCAUGGAGACCUCUCAGCAUCUCCAGGCCACGCAGCUCUACCUGCUCUGCUGCCACCUGCACAGCCUGCUCCAGCUGGACUCCUCCAGCUCCAGAUACAGCCCCAUCCUCUCCAGAUUUCCCAUCCUCAUCCGGCAGGUGGCAGCGGCCAGCCACUUCCGGUCAACUAUUCUGCACGAAAGCAAGAUGUUGCUCAAAUGCCAGAACGUGUCGGACCAGGCUGUGGCCGAGGCCCUGUGCUCUAUAAUGCUCUUGGAGGAGAGCUCUCCCCGCCAAGCCCUCACAGACUUCCUGAUGGCCAGAAAGGCAACUAUUCAGAAGCUUCUGAACCAGCCUCACCACGGUGCUGGCAUCAAGGCCCAGAUUUGCUCUUUGGUGGAGCUGCUGGCUACUACUCUGAACCAAGCCCAUGCCCUUUUCUACACUCUCCCAGAAGGCAUGCUGCCAGACCCAUCCCUGCCCUGUGGCUUGCUCUUCUCUACCCUGGAGACAAUCACAAGCCAGCAUCCCACGGGAAAGGGCAUCGGUGUCCUGCAAGGGGAGAUGAGGCUGUGCAGCUGGUUCAGACACCUGCCAGCCUCCAUUAUGGAGUUCCAGCCAGAGCUACGAACUCUCGCACAUCCUAUCAGCCAGGAGUACCUGAAAGACACACUGCAGAAAUGGAUCGACAUGUGCAAUGAGGACAUCAGAAAUGGGGUCACCAACCUGCUCCUGUACGUGAAGAGCAUGAAAGGUCUCGCGGGGAUCAGAGAUGCUGUAUGGGACUUACUUAGCAAUGAGUCCGCCAGCCACAGCUGGGAGGAGGUGUGUCAGCGGCUUCUGGAGAAGCCGCUCUUGUUCUGGGAGGACCUGAUGCAGCAGCUCUUCCUGGAUCGCUUACAGACACUGACCAGAGAGGGUUUUGAAUCCAUCUCCAACAGCUCCAAAGAGCUUCUGGUCUCAGCUUUGCAGGAACUGGAGACCAACAACUCCACGUCGAAUAAGCAUGUCCACUUUGAGCAGAACAUGUCUCUCUUCCUCUGGUCCGAAAGUCCCAGCGACCUGCCUCCUGAUGCUGCCUGGGUCAGUGUGGCAAACCGGGCUCAAUUUGCCAAUAGUGGCCUCUCCAUGAAAGCGCAAGCCGUCAGCCCUUGUGUGCAGAACUUCUGUUCAGCCCUGGACUCUAAGCUGAAGGUUAAACUGGAUGACCUCCUGGCCUACCUUCCCUCCAGUGACACACCACUGCCCAAGGACCCCUCCCCCAUGCACCAGGCUAAGAACUCUGCCUUUGAUAGAUACGCAGAUGCUGGGAUUGUGCAGGACAUGCUGAGGACUCAGUCUGUGGCCUGCAUCAAGUACGUUGUGGGCUGCAUCCAGGCAGAGCUGCAGACCAUUGAAGAAGUCACACAGGACCAGGAGGAUGUCCUUCACGGCACCAAGCUGCACGCAGUCCUCUUCAUGGCCAGACUCUGCCAGUCGCUGGGAGAACUGUGCCCUCACCUGAAGCAGUGUAUUGUGGGAAAGUGUGGGGGCUCUGAAAAACCUGCAAGAGAGGCCAGGGCUCUGAAAAAGCAGGGGAAGGGAAAAGCUCAGGAGGUGCUCCCCGUGCAGGCCCAGUGGCAGGAAGUGAAGGAAGUCCUGCUCCAACAGAGCAUCAUGGCCUACCGGGUCUGGAGCUCAGCGCUUGUGAAAUUUCUGAUUGGUGGAUUCACGCAGUCAUUGCUCUUAAGUGAUGCUGGCUCAAUCCUGGCCACUGCCACCAACUGGGAUGAACUGGAAAUUCAAGAGGAGACGGAGUCUGGCAGCAGUGUCACAUCUAAGAUACGCCUCCCCACGCAACCAUCCUGGUAUGUACAGUCCUUCCUGUUUAGCUUAUGCCAGGAAGUUAAUCGGGUUGGAGGCCAUGCCUUGCCAAAGGUGACCCUGCAGGAGAUGCUGAAGACGUGCAUGGCCCAAGUCAUAGCUGCCUAUGAGCAACUCACAGAGGAACAACAGGUAAAGAAAGAAGGGACAUUUGCAAUGACCCAGAACCGGGCCCUGCAGCUCCUCUAUGACCUGCGCUACCUCAACAUCGUUCUGACCAGCAAGGGGGAGGAGGUGAGGAGUGGCCGGAGCAAGCCAGACUCCAGAAUCGAGAAAGUGACUGAGAGACUGGAGGCCCUCAUUGACCCCUUUGACCUGGAUGUUUUCACACCACAUCUCAACAGCAACCUUAAUCGCCUGGUACAGCGGACUUCUGUUCUAUUCGGAUUGGUUACUGGUACAGAAAAUCAGUUUGCCUCCCGGAGCAGCACAUUCAACUCCCAGGAACCCCAUAACAUCCUGCCACUGGCCUCCAGUCAGAUCAGGUUUGGACUGCUUCCACUGAGCAUGACAAGCACGAGGAAGGCAAAGGCCACCAGUAGAGGCGUCGAAACAGAAGCCCAGGCCUUCCUUCACCCUCCAGAAGGAAAUCGGAAAUGGACAACUGAUGCAAAGCCUCGCCCAGCAGCUCCCUGGGGACAGGCAGGCCUGGCAGUCUCUGAGCAGUCACAGUGACUUUGUGCUGUCGGCCCCACUGCCCUUCCAGCCACAGACCGGUGAAGCUGCUCUCGCUUGGUGGUGCUAACUCUCGGUAUCCGAUGGCUGGAAGGAGACGCUCCUAUGUGAUGGAACAGUUCAACUGCCACCCCGUCCAGAACUAUCCUUGUUAUACCUGCAUCUGAAAAGGCACCAAUUCUUGUACCCAAACUGGUUCUUGGCUGUUUGCUAAUAACCUCCUCAUGGAAGCACUGACCACUCCAAAGAGUCCUGCUUUGAAAACCUGUGGAAACAGGGUCUUGAGUACAGGCAGCCAUUAUAUCUUCCUAGCUGCUGGCAGUGCGGCGCAGCCAGAAGGGCGCUGUCCUGAACAGAAAUUCUGCAGUCACUUGUGGGCUUCUGGUGUGCUCAGGCCCACCUGCUGUGCACACAGGAUGACAUGAACACGUCACCAGAACUGCUCAGGCACUUGGUAAAUAUUUACUGAGCUCAACUGGGGAAAAUGGUGGUAAUGCAUCCACAGACAACCAGAGUCCACAGCUACUACUGGGAGAGAAAUGCAGUGGUGCAUGCUGGGUAAGCAUGGGAGAAGCUCCUAACAGUGGCUCCACUGGAUGAGGAAAACUUGGAACAGGCAGGAAAUGACAAACCAAGAGAAUCAGCAUAAACUCAAAGCUCAUACAGAAAAAGAAUGUCUUGAGAGUGACAAGCUCAGUGUGGUACAAGUGGGCUGUGUCAGGAGCUGGUGAAACAGAAAACACAGACAGAGAGGUCAUGGCUAGAUUACAAGAGCCACUGAGGCACAGCAGAGGUUCAGAACACUCAGGUCAUGCUCAGAUCCAACCCAGGGAGUUAGGAUCCCAGGGCUCUGGUGUAUGAUGAGAUCUGGAGAAACAGAAAAGGGGCCCACUGAUGUUUCCUCAUAGGCCAAGCAGGAGGCAGGCACAGGGACUGGGAAGUGUUGAAGGUGUGUGUCAUACCCAAGAGGGGGACGGGAGGGCUCUGGAGGGAGAUGGAGAUGCCCAGCUGACUGAGGACACAGGGCAUGCACUUAAGAGCAGCAGAUACCAGGAACCACUUGCUGAAUAUCAACACUCCCACAGUUUAGCAAGGGAAGGAGGAAGGGAAGGUGCCUGAGAAAGCACCACAGGGCUACAGACAAGCAAAGACAGGUGGGGGAGGGGAGAGGGAG